AUUCAUUAUUUCCAAUUUCAUUCAAUCUCUUGGUUGCAAGGUUAUCCUUCAACCUUGAGGUAUUGUUCGAUACUUAAAGAUCAAUCUGGCCACAUUCAUUCAUUCAUACAAAUACAAAUACAGAAAGAAACUCGCAACAACAUUCCUUACGUGAACAUUUUUGCCAAUAAGCAUGGCUGGUGGAGGAUUUACAACGGGUUCAAGUGAUGUAAUUUUUGAGGCGAAGAUCACACCAGCCGUCAUAGUAUCUUGCAUUAUGGCUGCUUUCGGUGGUCUUAUGUUUGGUUAUGAUAUUGGUAUUUCAGGGGGUGUGACAUCAAUGCCUAGUUUCUUGAAAGAGUUUUUUCCACAAAUAUACGAAUGGAUACAAGCACCUAAAAAUGAAAGUAACUACUGCAAAUAUGAUAAUCAAAUGCUUCAAUUGUUCACAUCUUCUCUUUACAUCGCUGCCUUGGUAGCCUCCAUGAUUGCAUCCCCGGUAACUAGAAAGCUUGGACGCAAACUUACUAUGUUGCUUGCUGGAAUUUUCUUCAUUGCUGGCACUGCCUUAAGUGCUUUAGCAGGCACCCUUAGCCUCAUCAUUCUUGGCAGAAUCAUACUUGGUUGUGGUGUUGGUUUCGCCAAUCAGGCUGUGCCAGUUUUUCUAUCUGAAAUAGCACCAACAAGAAUUCGUGGAGCACUUAACAUUAUGUUUCAGCUGAACAUUACCAUAGGAAUUUUCAUAGCAAACCUUGUCAACUGGUUUACAUCAAAAAUGGAAGGUGGAUAUGGGUGGAGAAUAUCAUUGGCCGGAGCAAUCAUUCCAGCAGUUAUGCUUACAGUGGGGUCUCUCAUAGUGGAUGAUACUCCCAACAGUCUCAUUGAAAGGGGUUUCGAGGAGAAAGGGAAAGCCGUUCUAAGAAAGAUUCGUGGUGUUGAAAAUAUUGAGCCCGAGUUUGAAGACAUACUCAGAGCUAGUAAAGUGGCUAAUGAGGUCAAGAGCCCCUUCAAGGAUCUUGUUAAGUCCCACAAUCUCCCUCCUUUGAUAAUUGCCAUAUGUAUGCAGGUCUUCCAACAAUUCACCGGCAUCAAUGCAAUCAUGUUCUAUGCUCCAGUAUUGUUCAACACUUUGGGAUUUCACAAUGAUGCUUCACUUUACUCAUCAGUGAUCACAGGAGGUGUGAAUGUCCUCUGCACCUUAGUGUCUGUAUAUUUUGUGGACAAAGUUGGGAGAAGGGUACUUCUAUUGGAAGCAUGUGUACAAAUGUUUGUGUCGCAAGUUGUAAUCGGCGUAGUGCUUGGGAUGAAAGUCACAGAUCACUCAGAUAGCUUAAGCAAAGGCUAUGCAAUGUUGGUGGUGGUUAUGGUAUGCACAUUUGUUGCAUCUUUUGCAUGGUCAUGGGGUCCACUUGGUUGGUUAAUUCCUAGUGAGACAUUUCCUUUGGAGACUAGAUCAGCUGGACAAAGUGUGACUGUGUUUACAAACAUGUUGUUCACUUUUCUUAUUGCUCAAGCUUUCUUGUCCAUGUUGUGCCACCUUAAGUUUGGAAUUUUCUUGUUUUUCUCUGCUUGGGUUUUUGUCAUGGGAGUUUUCACGGUAUUUUUUAUUCCAGAGACAAAGAAUAUACCCAUUGAAGAUAUGGCUGAGAAAGUAUGGAAACAACAUUGGUUCUGGAAGAGGUUUAUGCAUUGAAUUUAAAGUCAUGUAAAUGGGAAAGUGAGUGUCUUACUAAGUAUUUAAUCUCAUGUACUUGCUACACCGAUCAUAUAUAUAUAUAUCGAACAAUGUUUAACUUGGAA